CAGCAUCGUAAACAUGGCUGACAGUGGAGUGACAGAUGGACCCUGCAAUAUAGGUGGCAUUGAUCGCGUAAAGGCUGAAGGCAAAGAGCUGACCAAAGAGGAGAAGCAGCGGCUGAGGAAAGAGAAGAAACAGCAGAAGAAAAACAAAGAGAAAAAAGAUGACAAGGCUUCACAGCAGAGUGAGAAAGAAAAGAAGCCUGUCAGUUCAGCUACUCCAGCCUCCCAACCCCCAACACAAGUCACCGCACAGAAAGCUCCUUCAGCAGUACCUGCUCCUGCACCAGUCCCAGUCCCUGUGCCUGUGUCAGAAAGUCCUGCACCUGCAGACAAGCCGGCUAAGAGUAAAGCAGAGCUGAAAGCUGAGAGGAGAGCGCGGCAAGAGGCUGAGAGGGCGUCCAAACAGGGCAAGAAGGGAGACGUGGGCCAGCAGGUUACCGCUGGCAAAUCCAAAGCACUGCCUAGUGAGCUGCAGCCAGUGGUGAAGAGGCUUCCUGAACAUAUCCAAGUGGACAACCCAGAUGUUUUAAAGAAACUGGCCAAGAAACUGGAAAGACAACAGAUCCCACUGCGGUCAGACUAUGGCUACAAAGUCAGCCUGUUUUCUCACCUUCACCAGUACAGCCGUAAAGCCCCUCUAACACAGCAACUCAGCAUUCCCUCCUCAGUGAUUCAUCCCGCUAUUGUUCGACUGGGUCUUCAGUAUUCGCAGGGCAUUGUUGCAGGAUCCAACGCUCGCUCUGUAGCCCUGCUGCAUGCCUUCAAACAGGUCAUAAGGGACUACACUACACCUCCAAACGAGGAGCUUUCAAGAGAUUUGGUCAACAAGCUGAAACCUUACAUCAGCUUUUUGAAUCAAUGUCGCCCUCUGUCAGCCAGUAUGGGUAAUGCAAUCAAAUAUAUCAAGAAGGAGAUCUCCAAUAUUUCUAGUCAGUGCAAAGAAGAAGAGGCAAAAAGCAAACUGCUGUCCUGUAUCGAGAGCUACAUUAACGAAAAGAUCAUUCUUGCUGCUGAAGCUAUCGCAAAGUCCUCAAUAGAAAAGAUCAGUGAUGGAGAUGUCAUCCUAGUUUAUGGAUGCUCGUCACUGGUCAACCACAUCCUGUGCGAGGCCUUUGAGAAAGGCAGGAAGUUCCGCGUGAUCGUGGUGGACAGCAGGCCUCGGCUGGAGGGCAGGGAGGCUUUGAGGCGCCUGGUCCAGAGAGGCAUUAGCUGCACCUAUGUCCUUAUCUCGGCCGUCUCCUACAUCCUUCCAGAGGUAUCGAAGGUGUUCCUUGGUGCUCAUGCUCUGCUGGCCAACGGUUACGUCAUGUCUCGUGUGGGGACGUCACAAAUAGCUCUGGUGGCCAAAGCCUUUAACGUGCCUGUGCUGGUGUGCUGUGAGACGUACAAGUUCUGUGAGAGGGUGCAGACCGAUUCCUUUGUGUCCAAUGAACUUGAUGACCCAGACGACCUCAUCGUGACCCGUAAAGGGAAGACACAGCUGGAACACUGGCAGGAAGUGCACUCACUUGGCUUGCUUAACCUGGUGUAUGACGUCACGCCGCCUGAUUUCGUGGACCUAGUGAUCACAGAGCUUGGAAUGAUCCCAUGCACCUCGGUGCCCGUGGUGCUGCGAGUCAAAAAUGUGGACCAGUGAAAGACCUCCAGCUCACUUCACUCUAAGCCACAAGGCUGUGUGUUUGUGUCUUGAUGGGGGAGUUUGUGUGCAUGACAGCUUGCACACAACACAGAAUAUCGUGCUUUUAGCAUGCAAUAAAUAUAUAUCUGAAAUGGCA